AUGGCAAAAGUGAAUUUGAUCGUAGUGGCUCUGGGGGUCACACUGCUCCUGCUGGCAGAGACGUGGGCCCAGAAUCCAAGGAAGAGAUCGUCCGCUCCGAAGCCUCCCAAGGGCCAGUGCUGCGACGACGUGCGCUCUCUCAAGGUGCAGGUGGCAAAUCUGACCAGCAUCCUCGAUGAGAUGAGUCGCAAGCUGGAGACGGACUUUGUGAGCGUCGUGAGGCAAGUGAUGGAGCUGGACAAGCAGAACCGGCAGCAGGAAGCCCGGGUUACCGAGGCGGAGAGCAAGUACUCGGAGAUCAACAACCGUGUGGAGAUCAUGCAGCUGCAAACCCUGCAGUCUGCUCCCCAGACCUCAUCAGACGCCAUAUAUGACUGCGCAACCCUGUACAGCAAGAACUACAAAAUCUCUGGAGAGUACAAACUGCCCAAAGAUGAGUUUCUGGGUACACCUGAGAUAAGCGUCUUCUGCGAUAUGGAGACGAAUGGAGGUGGUUGGACUCUGAUCCAAAGGCGCAAAGUCGGCCUAACAUCAUUCAACCGUGACUGGAAGCAGUACAAGAAUGGAUUUGGAUCCAUCCGCGGAGACUUCUGGCUCGGCAAUGACCACAUCUUCCGUUUGACAAGGCAGCCCAGUAUGCUCCGGAUUGAGAUGGAGGACUGGCAGGGACAAACGCGCUACGCUGAAUACGGCUUUUUCACCGUGAGCAAUGAGCUGAACAGCUACAAGCUCUUCCUCGCCAACUACAGCGGGAACGCCGGAGACUCGCUGCGCUACCACAACAACACCAACUUCAGCACCAUCCACAAGGACAAUGACAAGUGUGUGGAUGACUGUGCUUCCCUGCGCAAAGGUGGCUACUGGUACAACUGCUGCACUGACUCAAACUUGAAUGGCGUUUUCUACCGCUACGGUCAGCACAUAACAAAGAACCCAGAUGGGAUCACUUGGUACGGCUGGCACGGGUCCAACUACUCCCUCAAGAAAGUGGAGAUGAAGGUCCGACCAGUGGAUUUUCAACCAUAA